AUGUGCAGGCACCUCUACGACCCGAUCAGGACGGAGAAGCAGCACGGCAGGAGGCCAGCUUGGAUUCGCAAGUUGCGCGAGCUCCAGGGGAAGCUCGAUGAGGGUGCGCGCAGCCCGCACCGCAGCAAGAGCUGUGGCAGCUCAGCUGCCAGCGCGGCCAAGCGCGUGGUGGUCGAGGACGUGGCGUACGACGCGGACAAGCAGAUCGCGCUCAGGUGGCGCAGCGGCGGCAAGGCUCCAGAUGUGACGGACAAGAUCUUCGAGAAGCCAGGUUGCGCGUUCUGCUGGGCCCUCUGGGAUGACGGGUACGAAGCGGUCUUGGACACCUUGUCCGUGAGCGCUUGGAAAGGCCAGCAGGCAGCUGCAGAGGGACAACGAGGCAGUGCCAGCAAGUCAGAGGCGCUGUUCAGCGGAACGACGACGGACGGCAUCAAGGUGGUCGUGGUCAGGAAGCUUUUAGAUCCUGGAAAUCCAGGCAUGGUGAUCAAGCUGAACGGGAGCCAGAAGCUUCAAAUGGCAUUCAAGACGUUACCUGAGGAAGAAUGCACAGAGUGGAUGGCGACAGUCGCAGGUCAACUCUGCCACGGCAGCAUGACGAUAGACGACGCGAAGGAGGCAAAGAAACUGAAAGAGGAUGAGCGCAGGCAGAACGUCUUGAAGAGGCCUGCUGCCGCGCCGUGCUUGAGGAGGCCUGCAGCUGCUGGCGAGCUCGAGGAGCAGAAGGGCGAGGAUGCCGAGGAGGAAGAGGAGGAAAAGCACGUUGGCGCCAAGAAGAAACCAGCGGCAGUAGGAAAGAGGACCAAGAGGAAGCCAGCAGCUGUUGACAAGAAGCCCGCCGUCGUGCAGCCGAACCCCGAGAAGCCCGCCGUCGUGAAGCCGAACCCCGAGAAGCUCGACGAGCCGUCCGACUGCGAGUUCCCGCAGUUG